AUGGUGAAUCUAUCAUUGUAUUCCAUCAAGGCUGUUCUCCUUUUAGAUGCUGAAGGCAACCGUGUUCUUGCAAAAUAUUAUGGCUCGGAUUACACCAAUCUGAAGGAACAAAAGGCAUUCGAGAAAGGUUUAUACGACAAGACAAAGCGUGCACAAGGCGAAGUGGUGCUAUACGACAACCAAGUAGUGCUAUACCGAUCCAACAUUGAUAUCUCAUUUUACGUGGUUGGGUCAACAGAGGAAAACGAGCUGAUCCUACUCAGUAUGUUGAACGCCUUUUACGACGCGGUGUCCACGUUAUUAAGAUAUCAAGUGGAGAAGCAAUCAGUUAUGGAAAAUCUGGAUCUGGUGGUACUAUGUCUCGACGAGAUUGUGGAUGAAGGAAUCAUCUUGGAAACGGACGCUAAUGCAGUCGUCAGCCGAGUAUCAAAGCCUCGUUUGGACGUUGUGGAUAUCCCAUUUGGUGAACAGACAUUGAUGCAAGCCGUACAAACAGCAAAGGAUAGAUUUGCCAGUCAACUGCUUAGAUAA